AUGAACUUGGAGAUUAAUGAAGUUUCCAAGAUGGUGCUCACUAGUGCUGUUGACAUUCCAAUAGUCAUGGAAAAUAAUCCUAUGUGUGAAGAGUUGAUCAUUGACGUUCCACUAGUCAUGGAGCCAGUCCAGUGGCGUGAGUGUUGCAUCUACAAGGUUCCCAAGAAACUUCGCCAGGUAAAAAAAGAGGCCUAUACUCCAAAGCUAAUCUCAAUAGGCCCUUUUCACCAUGGUGAAAAAGAUUUGAGAGGUGAAAAAGAAUUAAGGGACGAGGAAAAUGAAAAUGUACCGAGGGAUAUGGAAAUGCUGAAAGUGAGAUACUUCAAGGAUUUCUGUUAUAGGACUGGAAAAUGCCAAAAGGAAAUAGCUAGGAUCAUUGAAGAAAAUGAAGUAAAGAUUCGCCAUUGUUAUGCAGAGAUCUCUAAACUAAACAGCGAAGACUUCGUGAAAAUGGUUCUAGUGGAUUCAACCUUUAUCAUUGAGCUCUUCUUGAGGAGACAAGAAAAUGAGAAGAGGAGCCAAGAAAAUGAGAAGAGGAGUAAGAGGAGUCAAGAAAAUGAGCCCCUCUUGAAGAAUGAUGCGAAGAAAGAAGAUGAAAAGGAUUAUAUAUUAAGUAAACCAUGGCUAGAGGAGGGCAUCAAGCAAGAUUUGAUGCUACUUGAGAACCAACUUCCAUUUUUUAUUCUUAAGGAGUUAUAUGAUCAAAUUUCCUAUUCUGGGAAAAACAAUGAAAUUUCCUUUCUUGAUCUUGCUUGUGGGUAUUUUUCUUUUUCUAAGUCAAAAGUACCAGAUGGGAAGGAAGUAAAACAUUUUACUGAUUUGGUCAGAUAUUCCUACUGUCCAUCUAUUCAAUACGACAAGGGAGACACUAUUAGUCAUCUAUAUAGUGCAACAAAGCUGUACGGGGCAGGAGUAAUGUUCAGAAAUAUUGAUAAAGAGAGUAGGUUACUUGACAUUCAAUUCAAGAAAUUGCCGAUCUUGGAAAUAUUUCCUUGCUUCAAUAUCUCGUGGUUCUUAAAUUGCUUACCGUGCUUAAAAUGGUUUCCAUGCUUGGAAUGUAUGCAAACUUUGUUGAAGGUCCCAACAUUAACUGUAGAUGAUGCAACUGAGGUCAGUUUCCGUAACCUCAUGGCAUUGGAGCAAUGCCAUUAUCCAUCUGAAUCUUAUAUAUGCAACUAUAUUGUGCUGUUGGAUUAUCUUAUCAACACUAGAGAAGAUGUGGAGUUGUUCGUUGAAAAUAAGAUUAUAAUUAAUGGGUUAGGCAGCAAUGAAGCAGUUGCCAAUUUAGUAAACGACCUAGGCCUUUAAAUUGUGGCAAAUCAUUCCUAUUACGGAGAAAUGGCUGAAAAGCUUAAUAAGCACUAUGAUAAUUGUUUCAACCAUAAUAUGGGAACUUUUACAAGUACCUAUUGCUCCAAUCUUUGGAGAGGCACUCUAACUGUUGUUGGGCUUGUAGUCUUUGUAUUUUCUAUCUGGAGUACGAUUAAAUAGAUUAAGUCCACUGCGUCUGAUCAGCUUGUGAUUCCCUCUUGUUCCUAAUAGGGUCGUU